ACUCAUGGAUUACGAGCUGGGCAAGAAGCUGCUAAGAAAGGAAUUGGGUUCGUUGAGGCCUUCACAAUGAUAGGAAAGCAAGAAGGGAUUAAAGGGUACUGGAAAGGCAACCUUCCUCAGGUGAUACGCGUCAUACCUUAUAGUGCAGUCCAGCUGUUUGCAUAUGAAACCUACAAGAAACUUCUUAGGGGGAAGGAUGGUGAGCUCUCUGUUAUCGAAAGACUCACUGCUGGUGCUUUUGCUGGCAUGACUUCAACUUUUGUAACAUACCCUCUUGAUGUCUUGAGGUUAAGAUUAGCUGUUGAGCCUGGGUAUAAAACAAUGUCUGAGGUUGCCUUGAACAUGCUAAGAGAGGAGGGAGUUGGGUCGUUUUAUACUGGCCUUGGACCUUCUCUUAUUGCAAUAGCACCUUAUAUUGCUGUGAACUUUUGCAUUUUUGACUUGAUGAAGAAGUCUUUGCCUGAGAAGUAUCGAAAGAGGACUGAAACAUCUAUAGUAACAGCUUUGCUGUCAGCUACUCUUUCCACGGUGAUGUGCUUUCCUUUGGAUACAAUGAGAAGGCAAAUGCAAAUGAAGGGUACACCUUACAAGACAGUUUUGGAUGCUUUUUCAGGUAUAGUGGCACGGGAUGGUUUAAUUGGUUUGUACAGGGGUUUUGUUCCCAAUGCACUGAAAACUCUACCAAACAGCAGCAUUAGGCUUACCAGCUUUGACACUGUUAAACAUCUAAUAGCGGCCAGUGAGGAGGAGUUCCAAAGAAUUGUGGAGGAAAAUCGCGAGAAACACAAGCAAAGCACUGGUGAUUCAACGGACUAGGGUUUCGUUGCUAUUAUACUGUUACUGAAUUUUUUUCGCCAUUUUUUUUUAGAGUUCAUGUUCGGUAAGGAAUAUCUGCUUUUUGGGGGGAAUGAUGCUCUGCUAAAUGCAUUUGCAGUAGGUCUGAAUUUGUUGAGCUACUGGGAAUUCAUUUUCCUUGGUCUGUGGUUUUGUUUGACAAAUCAUAUAUGCUAGACUAGAAUUUCUGCAGAGUAGUUUAUAUAAAUAUUUGUCAUUUGUAAUAUUUCUGAAUUAUGAAAAUUAAUGCUUGAUAUUGAAAUUUCACAUAAUUUUAAUAUUAAGUUGAUGCUCAUGUUGGUAUGUU